CCGUUUCCGGGGCGGGCCGGAAGUGAAGGGGGCGGGCCGGGCGGCGAUGGCGGCCGGCGGCGGCAGCGCGGCUCGGGCCGCGUUGUUGCUGCUGCUCGGGGCAGCGACGGCGCCAGGCCCGGCCCGGGGCUCGCAGGGUGACCGGGAGCCGCUGUACCGGGAGUGCCUGGGCCGUUGCGAGCGCCAGAACUGCUCGGGGGCGGCGCUGCGGCACUUCCGCGCCCGCCAGCCGCUCUACAUGGGCCUGACAGGCUGGACCUGCCGCGACGACUGCAAGUACGAGUGCAUGUGGCUGACGGUGCGGCUCUACAUGCAGGGCGGCCACAGGGUGCCCCAGUUCCACGGCAAGUGGCCGUUCUGGCGGUUCCUCUUCUUCCAGGAACCGGCCUCCGCCUUCGCCUCCUUCCUCAACGGCCUGGCCGGCUUCAUCAUGCUGCUGCGCUACAAAGCCACCGUCCCCCCCGCGUCCCCCAUGUACCCCACCUGCGUCGCCUUCGCCUGGGUCUCCUUAAACGCCUGGUUCUGGUCCACCGUUUUCCACACAAGGGACACGGCUGUGACGGAGAAACUGGACUAUUUCUGCGCCUCGGCUGUCGUCCUGCACUCUGUGUACCUCUGCGGCGUCAGGACGCUGGGGCUGCAGCGCCCGGCCUUAAUCAGCAUCCUCAGAGCCUUCCUCCUCCUCAUCCUCGCCGCCCACAUCUCCUACCUGACCCUCGUCCGCUUCGACUACGGCUACAACAUGGCAGCGAACGCGGCGAUCGGGCUGCUGAACGUGGCGUGGUGGCUGCGCUGGUGCGCGCGGACGCGGCUGCCGCACGGCUGGAAGUGCGCGGCCGUGGUGCUGCUGCUGCAGGCGCUGGCGCUGCUCGAGCUCCUCGACUUCCCCCCCUUGUUUUGGGUGCUGGACGCCCACGCGCUCUGGCACAUCGGCACCAUCCCCCUCAACGUCCUCUUCUACAGUUUCCUGACGGACGACAGCCUCUACCUCCUCAAGGCCAAGGCCGAGCUCUGCAAAGUGGACUAGAGCUACCGGGGGGGGGUCGCACAGCCCUUCGCCCCCCCCCGCGGUCCUGCCCGGUGCCAAGUGACCCCCCCUUGUCCCCCUCACUCACAAUCUCCUUCCCCCCGUUGCCUUCUGAGGUUUGAUGUUCUCUCUGCGUCCCCCGCCCCGUGCCCCCAUCUCCUCUCCCUGGGGUGUGGGGGAGCUGGGUCCCCCCCCCGCGGGUUGUGGGGGGGUGGGGGAAGCUGAGCCCCCCCACUCCCCCCCGUGUCGGUGCUGAGCCGUCCCUGCCGUGGAGCGCGGCAGCCGCGAGGUGGCAAUGGUGCCCCCCCCACCCUGAGCCACGGGGACACGGGGGGGGGACGGGGGUGGCGGGGGGGGGGCCUGUGUGCACAGAGUGGGGGGGUCGGACCCCCUGGAUUUUGCAGGGGGUGUGUGUGUGGGGCUGGAGGUGCCUUGGGGCUGGGGGUGGCCCCCCCUCCCUGCCAGAGGGGCUGUGCCCCCCCCGGGGAUGCGCCCCCUGCCCCCCCUUGCCUGGGUGUGUUUUGGGGUGUGAAUAAAGCUGUUUGAUCUGG